GUGAUAUGUUGUAUGUUUCUGACAGGUAUGGACGGCAUUGAUGGACUUUUGAGAAUCAUAGAAGAAUUGCCUCCAACAAACCAGUCAGUCAUUAGAUACUUCAUGAGCCAUUUGUUUAAAGUAUCUCAACACCAGCAGUAUAAUUCCAUGACGUCACUAGGUCUGGCAAGAGUGUUUGCACACGUAUUGAUGCGGCCUUGCAAACAAGACAAGCUGAAAAUGGCCAUAAACCACGAGGUACAAAUCAAAGCUCUUGAUAUAUUAAUAAGCCAAGGACCAUGGUCGAKACACCAAGUCCCGAAUGAUGAACCAACGGAACCUCAACCUCCUCCAGUUCCUGUUCGACCUCGCCGACCGUCAAGAAGCGCUCCACGACCUCCUUCCCAUCAUGCAGCACCGGCACCUCCAUCAUCACCUGGUUUCAGUCCUCCAUCGAACAUGAGAGAACAAGUAUGGUACUGGGGAGAGACUAGCAAAGAGGUCGUUCAAGAACGCAUGAAGGAAGCACCAGAUGGUACAUUCAUAGUCAGAGAUUCAAAACGAAACCCAGGCGAAUACACACUGACACUAAGGAAGGGUGGUCUUAGUAAGCUGAUUCGAAUCAUAUACCAGAACGGCAAGUACGGCUUCUCUGAGCCGUUAACCUUUGAAUCAGUCAGUGAACUGAUAGAUUUCUAUCGUGAUCGGUCAUUGGCCCAAUAUAAUCCUAAGCUAGAUGUCAAACUUACACACCCAUUGCCUUUAUAUGAACGGGUAAGUACUUGGAUGACG